GUUUAUGUUAUGUUGUUGAUCCUUGAACAAAACCAAAAAAAGAUACUCCACUAAUGUAAUCAUAGAACAAACUUAUGUAAAUCAGCACACUUGCCUGUAAUUUAUUUCCAAGUUCUACUUCUUGCUUGAUUGAUACUAGAACCCAAAAUCAAAUCUUUGGUGAUGUUAAGUUCAGGCGACAAUGGAUUAAGAGUAGAAAGAUUUUUUUUUUAACAAAAAAAAAAGAAUUUACCAAAUUCAUUAGGGAUUAAAGAGUCUUUUCGUGCGCAAUGAGUCGGUUUUCACUUAGUUAGCAGACUAGGGAUUUGCUGUGUUAAUCACAUCGAUGGCACCUUGAAUCCCAGGUUUGCUUUCACUUUAUGGUAUUCUACGAAUUCUCUUAUACGAAUGGAAACGACGUCGUCGAUGUUUCGUUUUCGUAUCCUUCUUUGAAUGUUAGGAAUUCCCUCCUCUCUGUAAUUGUUAGCCUAAACACUUGUGUUGCCAAUAAAUCUACUUGAAUUAUUCUACUUAAUCUGAGUAUUCAUCAAGCAUAUCCAACAAGUGAAGAUUUUGGAAUUCAACGGUUUAUUUGUACCUUCCACAUUUUCAAAUGGAGGCAGACAGGCUAAACUCACCUGACACAUCGGCAGUGACAUUUGAAGUUCUUGGCCAUCAGCUGCAUUUUGCGCAGGAUCCAAAUUCAAAGCAUUUAGGAACUACUGUUUGGGAUGCAUCAAUGGUGUUUGCCAAAUUUCUGGAAAAGAAUUGUAGGAAGGGGAGAUUUUCACCAUCUAAAUUGAAAGGGAAGCAUGUGAUUGAACUUGGAGCAGGCUGUGGUGUGGCUGGAUUCGGCAUGGCAUUGCUGGGGUGCGACGUUGUUUCAACUGAUCAAACUGAGGUCUUGCCUUUGCUUAUCAGAAAUGCAGAACGCAACACCUCUAGAAUACUGCAGACGCUUUCUGACCCUGAAUCUUUUGGAUCCGUUCAAGUUGUAGAGCUCAACUGGGGAAAUGCAGAUCAUAUAAGGGCUGUUGAACCACCUUUCGACUAUAUUAUUGGCACCGAUGUUGUCUAUGCAGAGCACCUUUUAGAGCCUCUGCUGCAGACGAUUCUUUCAUUAUGCGGUCCAAGGACUACCAUCUUGUUGGGAUAUGAACUUCGCUCCACGAAUGUCCACGAUCAGAUGCUCGAGUUGUGGAAGAGAAAUUUCCAAGUGAAAAGUAUUCCUAAAUCAAAGAUGCACAGUCUGUACCAACACCCCAGCAUACAGCUUUUCAUGAUGACUCCGAAGCCUUCAGGCUGCACAGUUGAUGAGAUUGAUUGCAGUGGCGAAGAGUUUAAAUCAGAGGAAACAAAGCAAACCUCAGACGACAAUGAAAAUGAAGAUGACAACGACAGCAACAAUCAUGCCACGAAGGAGGAUUUUGAAGGAAGCACGCUGUUGAAUAAAGAUAUCAGUGACUGGGAAACGAGAAGGUGUGGAGCAAUGGCUGCUAAACUUCUUCGAGAUGUAAAGAUAACAUAGACAGCGGCGUGACAGGUAACAGUGCCUCUAGCCAUGAAAGAUUACAAAUGUAGCACAAUGAUUUGCAUGUUAUUUACCAGACAAAGCUGUAUCAGAUGCUGUGAGCAAUGUAUUCUGUUUACUGCGAUUUUGCGAUUUUGCAGUCGCAGUUUUGAAUGAAAGCGAUGAACAGAGUGAGCUUCUUACUGCAUA